AUGGCCACCCGAAGCACCCUCUCCGACCUCACGCCUUACUUCAUCUUUCUUCUGCUCAGCGCAACCCUCGGCCCCCUACUCUUCGGCUACCACCUAGCAGAGCUCAACGCGCCUUCCGAAGUCAUCACCUGCGCCGCCGACUCGAUCAACCCAUCAACCCUCGCCCGCCUCAAAUCCGCCUUGAGCUCGCACCUUUCCACUAGCACAGCAACCGCUGCGUCUUCCAGCAACCUCCCACAAUGCAUUCCCAUGGAUGCAACGCAACUGGGCGUGGUGACCUCCUUCUUCACCCUGGGCGGUCUAAUUGGCGCCCUCGCAGCAGGUCCCUUGACUGCUAAAGUAGGCCGAGUCCGGACAAUGCUCCCCGGCGCACUGCUCGCAACGGUUGGUCCUGUUUUCGAGGCGGCUUCGCCGAGCAUAGCAGUGCUGGCACUUGGUAGAUUCGUCUCGGGUCUAGGAGCAGAUCUGGCACCACCAGGGCAUAAAGGGCUGUUCGGCAGUUUCACGCAGGUCAUGGUGAAUGUGGGUAUCUUGAUCACGCAAGCUUUGGGUCUGGUAUGGAGUCGAGGGCAGAUGUGGAGAGUAAUACUUGGGGUUGGAGGGGCGAUUGGAGCAGUACAAGCUGGAGCAUUCAUGGCAGCUGGAAUGGAGAGCCCGCGCUAUCUGGCGGAGAAAGGAAAAGUGGGAGAUGCAAAGAAGGUGCUACGACGAAUACGGGGCAAAAGUGCGGACAUAGACGAAGAGAUACGAAGCUACGGCGUCGACACCGUGGACGACGACGAACCCAGCGAAGAAGAACGCCUCUUAUCCUCCGAUACCCCGUCCGACCCAGGGAUGUCUCGAACCCACUCGAACGACUCCCCCAAAAAGCCCUUAACCUUCCUUGCCAUCUUCAAACACCCCGACACCCGUCCCGCCGUCCUCGCCAUAACCACAGUCAUGCUCGCCCAACAACUCACCGGCAUCAACAGCAUAAUAAUGUACGGCGUGCGGCUCCUCUCCACCCUCCUCGCCGCCAACAGCGCACUUCUGAACGUCGCCGUCUCCGCUCUCAACGUCCUCAUCACAGCCUCCGCCGCCCCACUCGUCGACAAACUCGGCCGCAAAACCUGCCUCUUACUCAGCAUCGCGGGAAUGGGAAUCAACUCCAUUCUCCUCGCCAUCGGCAUCAUGCGCAGCAUACCCGCCCUCUCUGCCAUCGCCGUCGUACUUUUCGUCGCAUCCUUCGGCCUCGGGCUUGGGCCCGUGCCGUUCAUCCUCGCCUCGGAGCUCGUCGAUGCGAACGCAGUGGGAGCUGUGCAGAGCUGGGCGCUGGCGGUGAACUGGGUAGCGACCUUCGUGGUGGCGCAGUUUUUCCCGAUGUUGAAUGAGGCGAUGGGGAAGGGGCAGGUGUAUUUUGUUUUUGCGGCGAUGGCGGGGCUGUUCGGCGCGUUGGUGAUGUGGUGGGUGCCGGAGAGUAAGGGGAAGACUGUGGACGAGGUUUGGGGGAGGGGGAAGGGUGGGACGGUUGAUUGA